CAUAGAGACUGUGACUGUGGCAUAGGCUAUUUAAGUUAAUAGCGCAAAUGCAUAAAAUUAACAAGGUUUAUUUUCCUCCGCAUAAAUUUGAUUAAAAGCCUAAUUUAAUUGCCUAUUUAUUUCGCCUCCAUAUGCACUUACUAUAAUAACCCACCGAUAAGGAUGGUGUAGGUACACAUUUGAUUAAUCUUAAAGUUUUACAGAAGUAGGCUUACAUCUUGAUAGGAUGUUAAGGCUACAUUUCAGCAUAAAGGCAAAUUAGAAAAAUAUCAAAUCUCCAAGGCGUGCGUUUAUGAUGCUGUACUACUUGGUUAUUAGAACUUUGAGGCGCUUUUAAAUUGACUGAACAUGUCAAUGUCAAUUUUAGAAUGUAUUUAGAAUGUUACCCUUACUUCAGUGUUUGUCAACCAACGACAUAUGUUUUAGGGGAACGUAAAACACACGGUAUUUACACAAUUUGAACAACUUGGUUUUUUACACACGGUAUUUACAAAAUGUUCACACCUUUUAUGACAGAACAGCAAAUAUACAGUAGGCUACUGUACAGUCACGUGACGAAUAACAACCUCAGGAGACAAUCACAUAGGAAGACGCGCGAGACCGUGCGAGAAUUUCUCUGUGGCAACAAAUAGACUACGUACGAAAUAUAAACCUUUAUUUAAUAUAUAUUUCGCAAAUAGGUGGUGGAGUGGGGGGUAUCAUGGACGUUUCCAGCCACAGCCUGUUCCUCUUGCAGCAGCUCAACGUCCAGAGGGAGUUUGGCUUCCUGUGCGACUGCACAGUCGCCAUUGGCAACGUGUACUUCAAGGCCCACCGGGCCGUGCUUGCUGCCUUCUCCAACUACUUCAAGAUGAUCUUCAUUCAUCAGUCCAGUGAGUGCAUUAAGAUCCAGCCCACGGACAUCCAGCCAGAUGUUUUCAGCUACCUGCUCCACAUCAUGUACACGGGCAUGGGCCCCAAGCAGCCGGUGGACCAGGGCCGCCUGCAGGAGGGCAUCAAGUUCCUCCAUGCCUACCAGCUGUGCAGUAAGCCUGGUGAGGGUGGGCCCGAUGCCGCCACAGCCGACCUUGUCCGCAUGUCCAACCUGUACGGCAUUCAGAUUUCAUCCCAGUUAGCAAACAAGGAGGGUACUGGGGUCCCUAAAGGUAGUGCAGGUGCCCGGGGAGGGGGCGGCCCCGAGGACGGGCGUUCGUCCACUCGGGCAGGCCGCUCCCACACAACCCAGUUUUCGAUGACUGUGGGGAUGGAGGGCGUCGCCUCAUCAGGCUGUCAGCCCUUCUCUGGUCUCCUCCGUGGUGUCUCCUCUGUGGCUUCCGGCGACGACUCAGACAUCUCAACGCGCAUCAAGCAGGAGACGGUGGAUGAAGAGGGAGAGGAGUGCCAUCAGGUGCCAGGCGGGGGAGGGUCCCCAACGUCUCCUUUGGCCCAGGGCGGCACCCCCUGCCAGGGCCUCUUGUUCAAGGAUGGUCCCCAUGCGCUGCUGUGCCCCCGGUGCGGCGAGCGCUGCUCGUCCCCCGAGGGGCUCCGCGAGCACCUGUUCAGCCACGCCACUUGCACCCUGGACCCCAGCGGACUAAUGGAGGGCCUCUCCCAGGGCGGGGGAGGGGACACAGUGGGCACUGAGGACCAGCAGCAGCAGCCGGGGUGCCCCCAGGAUCAGCAGGAUGCAGGCUACCUGGAGGAGGCCCUGAGACAGAGCCAAGCCCUAGCUGACGAGCUAGCCACCGAGCUAAGGCGGAGCAGGGGGGGUAUAGCCGGUGGCACCAGUACACCCCCCACCGCCACCAUGACCACCUCCACUACCAGUCACACACGAAAGCGCAAGAUCGCCUGCUCCGUGUGCAGCCUGCGCUUCACCCAGAAGAGCCAGCUGCAGGAGCACAUGUACACGCACACGGGCAAGCCGUCGCGCUACCAUCGCUACAGCCGCCUCUGCAGCCAGCUCAUCCACGCUUCUGGGCACUUCUGCGAGGGGCCACCGGAGGGCGGCGGGGUGGUGGCAAGCACUACAGUAGCGCUGGCGGAGGAGGCAAACAGGGAAGCUCAGGACAAUGGCAGCUCCUGCUAUUCUCUAGACUCUGAGAUCUCGCAGGAGAGCGUGGACAACAUCGCUGUGGAAUGAAAGCGAAAACAAACUGUAGAAAUGAUGAAAGAAAUACAUCAACUCCCAUUUUACAAAGGUGAUGUGUUGGAGUCACCACCUAAUUUGAUAACUCUUGUUUGUGUGAUUAUGCAUUAGCCUCUCUUUUGUUGAGUGUUUUCUUAGAAAACUGGAUUAACAAUGGUAAUUGGUAAGAACUAUGUACUCAUACUUGUUGCAAGGUAAUUGACAUAAGUCAUACCCUUACAGUUACCCGGGGAUAACAGCUAUGUAAUAAGAAGUGUUUUGCAAAUACAUCUUCAUUCUCCCAUCUGCACUCACCAGAGACUGUGCACAGCUGGUUCGUCUUCAUUAGGCCACGACGAUAGUAAAACGUUUUUGCAAUGGAAAACGAAACUUAGUGAUUCUUAUUGGACGAUUCCAGAUAGUGCCUCCUGUUUCACCCUGUUUGAGUGUGUUUUCUUCAGUUUGAUUCCAACUGAACAUGACCCUGUUUCAGUUGCGUUCCUUACCUUUCGUCAUUAUCUUUCCACUGAUCCUGUUGUAUCCUGUCCUUUUGUCAAUACCGUCAUCUCUCUGUCGGUUAGAUGAAACCCUGUGAUGUGAAUCCAGUGUAAAGUGUAUGUUAUUUUAUUCAGUGAACGGUUGAAUAGAAUAGAACAUGGUAUUUAAAAGAGGAAUGUGUUGUCUCUCUCUCAGUUGUCAUAUUUUACCAGCUGGUAUAUUGUUUGGAAAUGUAUCUGCAUUGUUUUCUGACUCUCAGAAAAUAACUCUCACUCUCAGAAAUAAGUAGCUGUUGAAAUGGAGCCUGGCUUGUUGUUAUGGAGGGUUGUCAGGGUUACAGGAAUUUGCAAGGGACAAAUUCUUACGCCCACAAUGUUGCAGUACACAAUUGAUGUAUGGUAGUACAUCAUUACACAUAUUGGAACAUUUAAAUAUUUCCCUCCAAAAUCAUGAGCAGGGGCUUGGUGUUCCUCUUUUUCUUUCUUUAAUCUCAACAAACUAGCACUUACAAACGAGCACAGUAUACCUAAACUUGAUAAUUAGCAGAGAAUUUGCUUGGCAAAGCUUCAUUCACCUUCAAGAAGUGUGUACUAACUAUGAAAAUGGACAUGUAUGCAAAAGAAGACAAAGCCACAAGUGUCAUCCCAAAUCCUUUAAAGCUGGAAAACCUGGGGAUGUAUUCAAGCGUCACAGGAGAGCUGAUCUAGGAUCAGGUCCCCCCCUGUCUUAUUCAUUCUAGAUCUGAAAGGCAAAACUGAUUCUAAAUCAGCACUCCUCUGAGAUGUUUAACACAUACGACCCUUAGCAGUGUUUAACUACAGAGGAAACCUGUUGAAUGUACUCUAUCCUGUGCUACCGAGUGGCACAGCGGUCUAAGGCACUGCAAGAGGUGUCACUACAGUCCCUGGUUCAAAUCCAGGCUGUAUCACAUCCGGCCAUGAUUGGGAGUCCCAUAGGGUGGCGCACAAUUGGCCCAGUGUUAUCCAGGUUUGGCUGGGGUAGGCCGUCAUUGUAAAUAAGAAUUUGUUCUUAACUGACUUGCCUAGUUAAAUCAAAUUUAAACUAAAUCCUUGACAACACUAAGAGGAAGGACUUAUUUUAGCUCAUAACAGGCUAACAUGAGUAGAAGUAGCCUGACGACUCACACUAAGUUCUUCCGCUGCUCUGUCAUUAGUUACAUACUUCAAUCUGAGACUGCCAUCAUUGAAAGACGAAGGGUUUUGGUGACGAAGGGCAUUGUACAAAACAAAGUGUUCGCAUUUGGUAAAGGGUGGAGGGUUGGGGAGGUACUCAGAUCCAGACUCAUGGCGGAGAAAACAACUAAAGUCCGUGGGCGUGGCGUAGCUUUUGGCCAGAGCAAAGAGUCUGGGUAGCCAGGCAAGAGUAGAAGUGACUAAAAGAGAUACUCUGAACUGAAAUAGCUCUCUAAAGCUUUAUUAUUGUGCGAUUGUAGAUUCAUAUUUGACGGAUAUGUGGCAAUGGCUAUCAGAGUGUGUAGAAGAAUGCAUCUAGUAAUGUUGAACCAGGAACCUGUAUGUACUGCGAUAGACAGUAUAAACCUAGGAUUAUCAAAUUGACCUUUCUGGGUUUGUUUCCAUUCUAUCCUGUUGGUGUGUGUGACCUCUGGUAUGUUUCAGUUGGCUACUCUUCCAUGGCUUUUCCACUUUGUCAUACACUUUGUCGUGGUUUCAUGCUUUCUUUAAUCUGUGUCACUUUUCCAUACAUGGAAAAGGUUUUGUAAAUAAAUAUAUUUUGUAACAGA